CGGUCUCUAGUACUCUCUAGUCUUCUGUUGGAAGUUCUUGGUGCCGACAUCUAGAAACAGCUGUUCGUCAACACCCCUAACACCCCUAACGCCCCCCAACCGUCAUGGUCGACCGUCAUGGCCGCUUCCAGGUUGACGAAGCCCUCGAGGACGACCGUUGUUAAAUGAAACGGAUUAACGAGCGUGUGAUCGCCCGAGCCAAGAUUUGAGCCGGAAUCAACGGCAGGAAUACAGUUGAAGUUUCUACAUCCUUGUUCGUAGGCCCUUGUGUACUUUACGUAAUGACGCCCGUGUAAUUUUUAUAACUCGUAUGUUCUCCUACGCCUUUCACCUUGUGCAACUGGUACUCCGCGGUUUAAUCGAAGCUCUCCGUCUCCGAAUACGAGACCGAUACGAUUGCGUCCACAAGAAAUGAAACAAUGAUGCCGAUAAAGGACAAUCAAGAUGUCGCGUGCUUUUUAGUUACCAAGCAUUCAACAUGGAAAGGAAAGUACAAGCGUAUCUUCUCCAUUGGCUCCAUGGGGAUAACGACGUACAAUCCUGGCACAUUAGAAGUCACAAACAAAUGGGAAUAUGCCGAUUUUAUAAGUGUACAGCCAAUAAAUAGAAAUCAAUUAGGUUCCCAUGAGUUUACUAUAACCGUACGUAAGGAGCGGAAAAAUGAGACCAUGAAGUUUAGUUCCGAGCAUAGGCCACACUUAUUGACGGAAGCACUUAAAUACAGAAAUUAUGUUGAAAAGUCUAAAGAAAUUUUGAGAUAUUCAGCUUAUAAACAUCACUGGUCCGAUACAAGACUACCCAUUGUAUUAGAAAUAACGCCGUACAGUCUCGAUCAGUUGGAUCCUGCGACAAACAUGGUAUUAGCUAGUUAUUGUUACAAAGAUUUCGAAGGGCUCCUCACCAUGAAAGAUUAUCCCAAUGGAUUUGUAAUCGUGUGUGGCGGAUUUGGACGGCUGCACCUCUUUGCGUCGAAACAUAUGGAGGAGAUAAAGAAGAAGCUGCAAGAAACUGCUUUAAAUAACUUGGGCAUUAAUAUAAAGAUGUUGAAGGAGCCUAUAAGACUCGACGACUUUAUUGCUCAAAGAUUGGGGAAAUUUAGCAGCGACGAGCACAUAACGAGCGUCUCGGAAUUUACUGUUCACAAAAUCUCUGCGAGGCAUCUGGAUCCUCAAAGAAGAACGCUCUGUCUCUCGGACACCUGCCUGUUGGAGAGAGAUCCUCAAACCUACAACAUUUGUACUCUCAGGCCGCUGUCGGACAUUUUCACUUUGACUCGCGAUAACGAUAAUCCUCAAUUGUUCACUAUACAAUAUCUCAACGGUCAGUUGCGCAGUUACACCGCGACCAAUAGAGACGCCUUAUUGGCGUCUUUACUGGAUGGCGUGAGGGCAUCCGGUAACAGAGAUGUCCACGUCAAGAUGUAUCCCAUAGCCAGAGGUAAAAGACUCGGACCUUUCAACCUACCUGUUGACGAAGAGGUCGAAACGACACACGUCAAAUUCCUUCAGCAGCCGCCUGGAGGACGUACGUUUGCUGAAAUUUUGGAGAGAUUUAACGCAAACGUACCCUACAGCGGACUUAAUUACUCCGUUACGCAAGACGGGAUUUUUACUGAGAACAAAGACAAGAUCAUCCUCGGAGCUUUGAAUACUUUAAUCAGCAAAGAUCUCGAGACAAAUAGCGAGAUCGAGGCACAGUUUCACGCACUGCGAAGGCUGGUGGCCAGCAAAAUCGGUUUCGCUGCAUUUACAACACUCGCCGGCUUUAGAGAAACCGUCGGUACAAAGGUCGUGAAGGCUUUAAAGAGACAAAAUUGUGGCGUAACGCAAGCUGCCAUAGACUGUAUUUGCGCUCUGAUGCAGCCGAUGCACGACGAUUGCGAUUUGAGGCAAGAACAAUUGAACAAAAGCAGUCUGCUCAGCAGUAACAAGUUUUUAGAAAGUCUCCUUGAAAUGUGGGUCAAUCACGUUAAUCGUGGCACAGGUGCACUGGUAGUCUCCGCUAUGCUCGAUCUCUUAACGUUCGCCCUGUGCGUGCCAUACAGUGAAACUACCGACGGCAAACAUUUUGACAAUCUUUUAGAAAUGGUUGCUACGAGAGGUAGAUCUUUGUUUAAAUUGUUUCAACAUCCUUCGCUGGCUGUGGUCAAAGGUGCUGGAUUGAUAAUGCGAGCGAUUAUCGAAGAGGGUGCGCCAGAGGUAGCAGCGAAAAUGCAAGAACUGGCACUUGCGGAAGGAGCUCUACCGAGGCAUUUGUUAAAUAGUUUAUUUACAAUUGGUAGCGACGGCAGACUAUUGACUCAUCGGCAAUUGUGCCGACAUUUAGUAGGUUUGUGGGUCACGGGGCACCCUACUGCUAUGGGAUUGUUGAAACGAAUUAUGCCAGUGGGUUUGUUGAAUUACUUGGACUCUGACGAAAAGGUACCAGAGUCGUUCUUGGAAGAGGAGAGACUGAACAAUCGUGACAAUUUGAAGAUAGCAAUAGAUCUUGCGUCAAGAAAUAAAAAGAGUCCACAAUGGAUCGCUAUCGAACGUCAGAUGCGAGUAGUGGAAAAGCACGUGGAAAACGCUUUGCAGCAUUGGGGUGCUCGUAUUGGAAUAGAGCGUAGAGAAAAGAUCAAAGAGCGUCCGAUAGUUUUACGGAAGCGUAGAGAACGAAUCAAGUCUGAGGCAAAUUGGAAGUUGUUCUACUACAAGUUUAAUCAAGAUCACGCACUGCCAAAUUUAAUUUGGAAUCACAAGACGAGAGAAGAAUUGCGAAUAGCUCUGGAAAAUGAGAUACGUGCAUUUAGCUCGGACAAAGACUUGGCCGGCGGAACUUUAAUAGCAUGGAAUCACCGAGAGUUUGAGGUGCAAUAUCAAUGUCUUUCGGAUGAAGUUAAAAUUGGAGAUUACUACUUGAGGCUUUUAUUGGAGAAGGAUAGUCCGGACAGUCCAAUAAGGAAAUCGUACGAAUUUUUUAAUGAUUUAUACCACAGAUUUUUAUUGACUGCAAAAAUCGAAAUGAAGUGCCUUUGCUUGCAAGCAAUGACGAUAGUGUACGGUCGAUAUUACGAGGAUAUUGGUCCAUUCUCAGAUACCAAGUAUAUUUUGGGAAUGUUGGAGCGUUGCGCGGACAGAACGGAGCGCGACAGGCUAGUCAUGUUCAUAAAUAAGCUCAUAUUGCACAGGCGAAACGUCAAGGACAUAAUGGAUCAGAAUGGCGUGCGAACCUUGGUCGAUUUACUGACAUUGGCACAUUUGCAUACGUCCCGAGCGGUCGUGCCGACGCAAACCAAUGUGAUAGAAGCGGGUCCACAGCAGGAACGAAUGGAGAAAGAAUGGUAUUACAAUAAUGGAGAUCAACGUGAAGGCCCGAUGAGUCUAAAGGACCUAAAGGAAUUGUACGGUUCGAAUCAUGUGACUCACAAGACGAAAGUUUGGGCACAGGGAUUGGAUGGGUGGAAAACGAUUUCACAAGUGCCGCAAUUAAAGUGGAGUCUCGUUGCGAGGGGCACUCCCGUGAUAAACGAAAGUGAACUGGCCAAUUUAAUCCUAAACAUUUUAAUCAAGAUGUGCGAAUAUUUCCCAAGCAGAGAUGCUGACGACGCGGUAAUCAGACCGUUGCCACGCGUCAAGCGACUGCUAUCCGAUCUUCAGUAUCUACCACAUAUCGUGCAGCUUUUGCUGACGUUCGAUCCAAUCCUAGUCGAGAGAGUCGCUACGUUGUUGUGCGAAGUAAUGCGAGACAAUGCAGACGUGUCGAAAAUUUAUCUUGCUGGCGUAUUUUACUUUAUCUUAAUGUACACUGGUUCUAAUGUCUUGCCAAUUGCAAGAUUCUUGCAACUUACGCACACUAAACAAGCCUUUAGGAACGACGAUAACACUUCUUCAGAUAUCAUGCAACGAAGUAUUCUCGGUCAACUGUUGCCCGAUGCAAUGGUGAGUUACUUGGAGAAUCAUGGGGCCGAAAAGUUUGCGCAGAUAUUUCUCGGAGAUUACGAUACGCCGGAAGCAAUUUGGAAUGCAGAAAUGAGACGAAUGCUCAUCGAGAAAAUUGCUGCGCAUAUCGCAGACUUUACUCCCAAGUUACGAAGUCAUACCAUGGCCAGGUAUCAAUAUAUCGCCAUACCUGCUGUAAGAUAUCCACAGUUGGAAAAUGAAUUGUUUUGCCAGAUAUUCUAUCUCAGACAUCUUUGCGACACCGUUAAAUUUCCACAGUGGCCUAUCCCAGAGCCUGUGCAAUUGUUAAAAGACGUACUGGACGCGUGGAAAAGAGAAGUAGAAAAAAAACCACCUCUCAUGACUAUGGAUGAGGCUUACAAGCAGCUUGGCUUACCUAGUGGGAAGCAUCAUGAUGAAGCGAUCGUGAGAAAGUCGUUUUACAAAUUGGCUCAAAUGUAUCAUCCUGACAAAAAUCCUGAAGGCAGGGACAAGUUUGAAGCUGUCAGUCAGGCAUACGAGUUUCUAUGCAGUCGCAGUUGUUGGUCAACAACGGGCCCUAAUCCCGACAAUAUCGUUUUGAUUUUGAGGACUCAGAGCAUCCUUUUCCACAGAUAUUCAGACGAGCUUAGACCUUACAAGUACGCCGGUUAUCCCCAGCUAAUCAAAACGAUUAAACUGGAAACGGACGAUGAACGAUUAUUUUCAAAGUCUGCCCCAUUGCUAGCAGCUGCGAGCGAACUUGCCUAUCACACGGUGCACUGUUCGGCUUUAAAUGCCGAAGAAUUGCGAAGGGAGGGCGGUUUAGACGUAUUGUUGGAAGCGUAUACGCGAUGCGUAUCUGUUUUAAGCAGAUCGAGUAAAUCCACCGACGUAGCGGUGCAAGUUUGUAUGCAUAUAACUAGAUGUUUCGCCGUUGCCGGAUCGUUUCGAGGAUGCAGAGAUAAAAUUAUUGAAUUGCCGCAACUUGUAAAAGACCUUUGCAGAAUACUGCAUUUUAAGCAUUUAACAAAAUUGUGUGCAGUCGCCACAGAGUGUAUCUCGUCUCUCGCCACAGACAGCAUAUUGCAAAUGCAGCUAUUGCAAUCUGGCGCCCUAUGGGAUCUAUUGCUCUUCAUGUUCAACUAUGAUUACACGUUGGAGGAGGGUGGUGUAGAGAGAAAUCAGGAUGAGAAUCGCCAGGAAGUAGCCAACAACUUGGCUAAAUUGGCAGUUGGCGCUUGCGCUAGAUUAGGUGGUUACAUGAAGGGCGACAACGAGACCCCCGUUAAUCCCGUUACGGUUGCCGCCCUAGAAAGUUUAUUAACGCCCUAUCUAGCACGUCAGCUUGUUAAAGAUAAGCCCGAAGAGAUUCUAAAGAUACUGAAUUCUAAUUGUUCAAAUCCAUAUUUAAUCUGGGACAAUGGAACCAGAGCGGAAUUAAAUGAAUAUUUAGAGCUGAAACGGCAAGAGCGAUUAAAUAAUAGCGAUAAUUUUGAACACGAUUUCAGCGAUUUCAAGUAUACCGCUCAUGCUGACGAGUUAGUAAUCGGCGAAAUAUUUGUCAAGGUAUACAACGAGCAACCGGCAUAUCCAAUCGAGAAUCCCAAAGGUUUUACGAUAAACUUGCUUGAAUUUCUGUCACUGUCUUCGGAGUACUUAACGUCUUUAGCGAGUAUUACGUCGAUUAAAAAGGAGCAAGACAAGUUGGAACACAUUGUGAUGGCGCUUAAAGCUCUGAAUAAUGUUAUCAAAAAUAACCCUGGCAUUGAAUUACAGUGUAUGGGGCACUUUAAAUUACUAUUUGGACUUUUAAAUUGUAGUAAUUUCAAGUUAAUUCAAAAGAGCGCUCUAGAAGUAAUCAGCAAUGUUACCAAGAAUCAAGAGUGCGUCGAUGAUAUUGCCGCAAAUGAAGUUGUCGUACAUCUGUUGUUAUGUUUGCACAGUUUAAAAGAGUAUCAGCUUCUCGCUUUGGAAACUUUAUAUGCACUGAUGAGUUCGACCAAAAUUGUCAAGGAUGCGUUGUCAAAAGGAGCUGUCGUGUACAUUCUCGAUCUCUUUUGUAACUCGAGUAAUAUUCAGACGAGAGAAGCGGCAGCUGAAUUACUCGCAAAAAUGUCGUCUGACAAAUUAGCUGGACCGAAAGUUAAGCUUGACUUGUCGAAAUUUCUACCUAGAUUAUUCAGCGAAGCUAUUCGCGAUGCGCCCAAGCAAUGCGUACACAUGUUUGAGACACAGCACGAAAAUCCGGAAUUGAUAUGGGACGAUGAUGCGAAAGCUAGAGUAGCGAGAAUUAUUGCGGAAUUGAAAGACGAAUACCACGCGUUACAGAGACGAAAUCCAAAUGCCAUAUUAAAGUUACCUGAUACCCAGAAUAAUAUUGAUAUCGCGACCAACGAGCCUGUCGUGGGUGGAGUGUAUCUUCGAUUAUUCAUAGCCAGUCCCGCUUGGGCGCUUAGGAAACCGAAAGAAUUCUUAAGCGAGCUGAUGGACACUACGUUGACAUUAAUGUCCAAGGAAAAGACCGAUACGGAUAUGUUGGAAUUGACAACGCAGGCUCUUGUG